CUAGAAUUUAGAAACAUACGUACCAAAUGUAGCGUCCCCGGUCGCCACCACCCACAGGUCCCAAUCAUACACCUUUCGUUGACGACGAAAACUCUCUCCCCCCCCCCCCACCCAUUGGCUCGUGGCACUACCUCUCUCUCCAGCGCGUAGAAUCGGAACCCCGUCCCCCAAAACACUCCUCUCUUCUCUGAGCUGCAUUUACCAAACUCAGAACACUCGCAUACCUACACCCACCCACCCACCCACCCUCCCCAAGAUCAGCAAGAGACAUGUCAACGACCGCACGUCCACACCCUGCACACUGAUCAGCUUCACAGACAGUAGUUCUUGUGUUUGACCUCGUUUGAAGCAAGCCCCAGUCUUUCUUAAGCUCUAUGCUGUAAUGGGUUUCGGAUCGUUUUCUCGGAUUUUUUAUCAUCCAUCUCAACAAAAAGCUGUGUUGCUAAGGAAUUGGAGUUGAAUUUUGGUUAUUGGGCUUAAGUCUGGAUAUGGGUAUUGGCCGUAAUUCAAGCUUUUGGUUGUUUGAGAGGAGGGGAUUAGGGUUUGUGUUUCGGAUUGUAUUUGGAUUGUGGAUUGGCUUUGUGCUUUCUCGGCCGGUGACGGGUCUGAGACCAUUGAGGGAGAGAGCUCGGUCUUGGGGCGAUGAGUGGCUAUUUAUCAGAAAAGAUGAGAGCGAGUUGGGUUCAUUUUCUGAAUGGAACAUAACAGGAACUUAUAAAGGGACUUGGAAGUUUCUAGAUUCCACAAACAGCACUUCCAGGUUUCCAGAAUUCAGGAAAUCAACUGGCAGUUCAAUCAUUGAAUUAGUGAGUACACCAACAAAAAUAACUGGUGUACAUUAUGUUCAGGGGGUUAUUAUUUUCCAUGAUGUCUUUGACAACAAACACAAUGUUGGUGGUGCUCAAAUCAGGGUGGAAGGUGUAUAUAUAUGGCCUUUUAGACAACUUCGAAUGGUAGCUAACAGUGGAAAAGAGGGAGAGCUGAGUCAGGAAGAUGAUUAUCUUUUAUCCAAUCCAUAUCAUUUGCUUGGAGUUUUCUCAUCCCAGGUGUUCCAAGAGUCUCCACGAGACAAGAUAUGGAGAAGAAAACAUUCUCCAAUUUAUGAAAUGGAUAAGCAUUGUAAUAUCGAAAUUGCGGCCCAAGUCUCACGUGUUUCAUCUACCCAAAAUGAUGGUGAUCGCGAUCAUUAUCAUGUAGAAGGAUUAAUGGAAAGUCCUGCAGUGGAUGAUGAUGGGGAUUGCUUCUCACCCUUACUAAUAAAUGCUAGUUCUGUCAACAUUGAGGUCUACUAUAACAAGGCAGUGAAUUAUACUUUGAUGGUCACCUUUGUCUCUUUCCUUCAAGUUCUUCUAUUAAUUCGGCAAAUGGAGCAUGGAAACACUCAAUCCGGUGCCGCCAAAGUUUCAAUUUUAAUGAUUGGCCAACAAGCUAUCAUGGAUGCUUAUCUUUGCCUUCUACAUCUGACAGCUGGAAUACUAGUUGAAUCCUUAUUUAAUGCUUUUGCAACUGCCGCCUUUUUCAAGUUUGUUGUCUUCUCAAUUUUUGAGAUGAGAUAUCUUCUUGCUAUAUGGAAGGCAAGUAGGCCUAUGAAUAAUGGAGAAGGUUGGGAGACUAUGAGGCGUGAGCUUUCAGUUCUAUAUAGUCAUUUUUAUGGGAUCCUUUUGGGAGGCAUUCUGGUCAUGUAUGAGUUUCAUAAUUUUCUGAGAUCUAUUCUUCUCCUUUUUUAUUCGUUUUGGGUACCUCAAAUAAUCACCAAUGUUGUUCGUGAUUCAAGAAAACCUUUGCAUCCUCAUUACAUCUUAGGCAUGACUGUUACUCGGCUAGCAAUCCCCCUAUAUAUAUUUGGCUGCCCUAACAACUUCAUGCACAUCGAGCCUGACAAGAGUUGGUGCAUUUGUUUGGCUUUAUUUAUUGGACUCCAAGCAUCGAUUCUUCUUCUUCAGCACUACUUUGGGUCUCGUUGGUUCAUUCCUCGUCAGAUUCUGCCUGAGAAAUAUAGCUACUAUAGAAGGUUUGAUCAGGACACAAGUCGUUCUACAGACUGUGUGAUUUGCAUGACUGCCAUCGAUCUUACACAGCGAUCUAAUGAUUGCAUGGUGACACCAUGUGAUCAUUUUUUCCAUUCCGGUUGUUUACAAAGGUGGAUGGAUAUAAAGAUGGAAUGCCCGACUUGCCGGCGUGCACUACCACCAGCAUAAGAGCAUCUUUCCACUUCGUGUCUUAUCAUAUAGGACCAACUGACAUUGCCCAACUCUCUAAUUCUGGUUGGGGAAUACAAUUGCUUUUUCACCUUGAGAUCGCCUUCAGAAGAAGGGUUAGAUACAACACAAUCAAUCCCAAACUGUCACUGAUGCUGUAACAGUCUGUAGCUUAUGAUUCUUAUAUUGUUUUUUUAUGUACUUAGAAUAUUUUUAGUAAGAAUUUUAUAGCAGGUGUAAAUCCUCUUCAAUCCAA